AUGGCGCCCGGCGGCCUUGCGCUCCUCCUCCUCCUGGCGCUCCUGGCGCUGGUGGACGCGCUCGCCGCCCUCAACAUCGACAUCACGGCGUCCAUCUUCCACUCGCACGACCACCUCGGCGGCAACAAGAAGCAGCAGGAGAAGGAGAAGCCGCCCUCCUCCUCGGAGAAGGAGAAGGAGAAGGAGAAGGAGAAGUCGCCGUCGUCGUCGUCUUCGUCUUGGUCGUCUUCUUCAUCGUCGUCGUUGAAGGUGGACGCGGACUACUUUGCUGCUGCGGCGAAGAAGGGUCUGCACUCGUUCACGGGCGGUCGUGGCAACUACAAGGCGAUGGCCAAGGAGUUCCUGGAGGCUCACAACCGGGUGCGUGCAAAGUACGGCGUGCCUCCGCUGCGGUGGAGCAACAAGCUUUCGCGGUACGCGCGGCGGUGGUCGGCGGCUCGUCGGUUCGACUGCGUGAUGAUGCACUCGGUGGGUUCCCCCUACGGCGAGAACGUGUUCUGGGGGACGGGGUGGGACUGGCGUGCCGUCGACGCCGUCGGCGACUGGGCCAGCGAGGCCUCCUUCUACGACUGGCGGGCGCAGGCCUGCCACCCGGGCCAGGUCUGCGAGCACUUCACGGCCAUCGUGUGGCGGACAACAAAGUACGUCGGAUGCGGGCGCGCAGAGUGCCUCGCCGGCGGCGUCUUCAUCACAUGCUCCUACGACCCGCCAGGGAACUGGAAGGGAGAGGUGCCCCUCACAUAA